AUGGCUAAUUGGAGCUCAUAUUCGGAGUCAUUUUAUAAAUUUCUUCUUGAAAAUGAUUUUGGAAACAAGAGGCUUAAUACAUCCGAUAAUAAUAUUUUAAACCAGGUUAUUGAUGGAUCCUGUUCCAAUAUAUCAGUUCAGAGAUCUGAGCCUAAACCUUCAUCAUAUAAUAAAGAAGUCAUUUUCUCAAUUCCAGGGAAUCAUACAUCUAGAAGGAUACAAUACUUCCACACUAACUCAGGCAAUAUCAAAAAUAACAUCUACACAAUCCCAUAUGAAGAAUCUAAUUAUACACAUUGUAAUAUAUCGAAGUAUGGAAAUAUAUCCGUACCAAAAUCUAACCUUUUCAAGUUAUUGCAACUUGAGGUUGUUAAUUCCAUGGAUACCGUCUGUUUAUAUAAUUCUAAUAAAGAUAAAUAUAACAAUUUUAAUGAGGAUUUUGUUGAUGGAGGUGAAUUUAAAGGAUAUAGCGAUAAUAGUUACUUAGUGUUCAUGCCUUCAGGAGUACAAAAUGCAGGAAUUAAAGGUUUAGAGCUUGUUCCAGAACUAGUAGGAUCAGAUAUAAAACUCAAGGUCAAUGAAAGUUUAACUAUUUAUCCUUCAUGUUUUUUCACAUAUCAUAAAAGAAACAGUGAUUAUCUCAUGGAUCCAUAUAAACAAACUGAUAUAACUCACAAAAUAGAGUCAUCGUGGGAUGGAUUAACCAUUAAAUCCAAUACAUAUAGAGAAUACCAUAAUUGCGAUUCUGAUAGUGACGUUAGUAGUUCUGGCAACGAACCUUUAAAUCUUACAUAUAACACUGUGAUGAAUGAAUUAGAUAUACUCGAAUUAAAAGCUGAUAACAAGAGUUUAUUUUCAUCCACUGUAUAUGCUAGAAACUCACUUGGAAUAUUUGUUUUCCGCUAUUACUAUGAUGACGGAUGGAGGGUAAAAACACUCAAUAAUGUAUCAUACACACCUGAAGAGAAGGUUUAUUACAUGUCAAUUUCACCAUAUAUGCCUGAAGAAUCUGUUUUUCUUACCACUGGUAAUAAUUUACUUCUUUAUGAUGGUAAUAUGGGACAUGAAACUUCAACAAUUUCACUUGGUAAUUAUGUUAAAGAGGAAAAUGAUAUAAUGCAAACAGUGUCCUACGGAAUGGAUAAUAAUAGUUUAAUUCUUGGUGGAAACAGGCUUUAUCUUUUUGAUAAACGAUCGAAUGAUUUUUCGGAUUUGAUUUUGAAACCUAAAUCAACCAUAACAGUAACGAGUGGAAAGUGGACUGAGAGAAAAUAUGAUGUACAAAACCAUACGAGUAAUUUUAGGAAUCAAUUAAGUGGUCAUUUAUCAUCCUUUUCAAAUUACUGGAGAAGAUCAAAGCCCUCAUUUUGGGAAUCAUUUACAGCAUGCGAAGUGCAUCCAGAAUACAAUUUUAUACUAGCAGCUGUUUAUGGUACUAGUAACUCAGUUUUGAUUUUGGAUUUGAGAAUACCAAACACACCUCUUCUUGACAUCCCACUCCCAUCAACCGAUUUUAUGGGUUCUAGAAUACGUAGUAUUAAGUGGAGUUGUAGUGGGCCUGAAUCUACUCUGUUCGUUUUCUCAUGGAGAUUAAAGAUUCCAAUUAGAAUUGAAAUACAAAUUAGCUCCUCAUUUGAUAGCUACUCAAUGAAUCCCAAACAUAAGUAUUCCUAUAAAGAUUUCGACCAAGUUGAUAUGAAUCAUGACACUCUUUUAGUAUUUAACAGAGCUAAGUAUAUGAAUUUCUUAAAUGUUGAUCAAUCACAAGAGGAUGGUGAUUUCCCAGCAUAUGGUCCUUCCAUACAAACACAAAAAGAAUACUUUGACCUGCCAAUUCACAGUACAAAUGAGAGUGCUAUGACGAACAUUUUCCACGGUUACUUGGGUCUAUCAAUUCUAAACUUCAAUUCUAACUCCAUUAAGUUAUGCUUGGCAUAUACCACUUCUGGGAGACUUUUAUGUAUGGACCUUGAUAAUAGAAAAAUCAUCCUAAAUAAAACUACAUUAACUAUUAAUGAGAAUGGAAAAGAUGAAAUUGGGUUCCACGAUCCAAAUUCUCUCUUAAGUGGUUUUAAUAUUAGAGUUAAGAAAUCUGGAGGCAUACCACUACCAGAUGAAUUAUGCUCUGAUGGAUUCAAGUCUUUCACAAUCAAUAAAACUGAAAUUGGGAAUAUGUACAACGAUUUUGUAGGAGUAAACAUAAGUGACUGGUUUAUACGAAUACAGGAACAACGAUUUGGAGACCAAAAACACUACUCCAAUCUUUUAAUAAAUCCUACCUAUCUUGAUGAUUUUAAGGUAAACAAAUUUGACUCGAAGGCCAUUUUGAAGGGUAUACUUUCACUUAAUUACCCUAAAGACUAUGAUGAUGGAUCAAUAAUGUCACUGUCAAAGUAUUUAAGUUUAUAUGGAAAGGAUAAUUUUAAUUGGAAAGAUGUUUGGAACCCACUUGACAAUACACUUGAUUAUGAAUACGAAUUAGAGAUUGAUAACCCAUUUAUAAAUGAUUUUGAAACAUGUUCUUGUUCAGCUCUUUCAAAGCCAAUAAAUGAAUCAUCUAAAGAUGUCGUCAAUCAUGAUUUGUCAGAGGACGCAUCAACCAUCUACACAAUUUGUAACAUGUUAACUGAAAAGUUGAAAAAUGAGGAAUCGAUUUUAAUUGAGAGGGGAAUUGCAAAUUGUUUUGGAGAUAUGUUAUUACUCCAGUCAAAUAUUGGAUUAAACAAUCAUAAUCAUCAAAACAACGAGGUUGAACACAGAACUGAUUGCCCAUCUGAUGAAUUUCUAUCUGUAGAAGUUGCUGAGGAACCCAGUGAAAUACCAUCAAUCCCUGUUGUAGAAGAGAUAUUGAGUUCAUGGAUAACUGAAAAUGGAGAUAAAUCAAUCCCUGUAAAACAUCCGAUACUUAAGAGGAGUGUCGAUGAUACUGACCCUAUGGAAAUGCUUAAGGAGCAUAAGAGGAAACAGAAGGAAUUUAUAUCUAAAAUGUUUGAUAAAAAGUAA